AUGUCGUUCAGAGCUCUGCUGCAGAUCCGAGCCAUGAGGAAGAAGCUCAGUCCUCUGUCACCUACCAGCUUCAACCCCGUCAUCACUUCACAGACCUCUGACUCGGAGGAACACUCGGCGUCGGAGCACAUCCCUCCAGGAUACGAGGUGGUGUCUCUCCUGGAGGCCUUGAACGGCCCCCUCAGCACCUCCUCGGUGAAUCCUCCUCCUCUCAACUCUGGCCCCAGCCACGUUUCUGGAGUGCUGCCCCCGUACAGCAGUGAGCCUCACCCGGCACCGGAUCGCUCCAUCUCCCCUCUAGACCAGUCCAACUCCAGUGAGGGACUCAAACUCAAGAAGAGUGGUUCAAAGUCACUCUCCCAGAAUUCCUCUGUUCUUCCCGAGGAGGAGGAUGAGAAGUCUUGCAGUGAAUCUGAGGCCGACCGCCACAAACCCACCGUGGACCAGCAGGAGAGUGGAGUGACUCCAGACAGCGAGAACCUGACUCUUUCCUCGUCUGGAGCCAUCGACCAGUCGUCCUGCACGGGGACCCCGCUCUCCUCCACCAUCACCUCCCCUGAAGACCCAGUGAGCAACAGCCUGGUCCAGUCAGUGAUGUCCUUGGACUCGUCCCACUCGCAGCACUCCCACAUCAGCACUGACACCAUGUCCUCCAUGUCAGGGUCCUACCUGGCUGGGGCUGAAGGCGAGCCCGGGGGGGACGAGGGGGGAGUUGCUGAGGGCGAGGAGAACCAAGAUGCCCCCAUGGAGAGCCGGGGACCAUCGCAGCAAGACGGGGAGUUUUCCCAGGAGCCAAAGUACUCAGUGGCAGUCAAGGAGCAGGACUCAGAGGGAAACGACAUCACUGAAGAGGACUGCUCCUGCCCGUCGAAUGGGAAAGGUGGGCGGAGCAGGUGUCCAGAGUUGGCCAAUAACAAUCAGGGCGUCGCCCUCUGUGACACGCCCUCUUUGGGGUUGGAUAAUGAGCAGGCUACCGACAGCCGAUUCGCCGGUCGGAUGUACCUCGGAGGCUACAUGCCUGUUGUGGAGCCCCUCCCCCCCCACACCUUCACCAUCAACAUCAACCUGGAGGAGCAGGGGCCUGAGAACAGGGACGGCCAGAGUCCGAAGCAUCCCCGCCGCGGACCACUCAUUGUGUAACACACUCAAAACAAACACACACCAAAACACACAGCCUUCUCCGUCCAGCUCUUCUUCUUCUUCUUCUUCUCACCCUGCCAUAGUGCUGCAUCGCUGGAUACUGUCCUCACUGAGCAGGGACCCCCCCCCCCCCGCCCUUCCCCUACUCCAUCUGUCGCCAUUUGUUGUUGCUGAAACUCACAGGAAGAGGAGGGAAGAGGAACAGAGGGGGAUCACAUGUCGUCUGUGCACUUUUAUCUCACAGGAGUUGUUUGUUUUGUCUGUGACUUGUGGGCUUUAUUAGCCUUCUGCUACGUUAAUAUUUAUUACAUGUAGGUCUAACAAAUGAGAUCUGUGUCUUGUGACACUAUCUUUAGAAAAAUACCUGCUGCUCUUUUCCUUUCCUCUCCUCUCCUCUAUAACCAGCUCAACAGUCAGGGGCUACUGUGAUGGGCAAUCUGAUUUAUUACUAAUGUCCUUCUUCUUCUCUCUUAUAAACUGUGUGAUGAACGAGUGUUCGUACACUAUUUAAAAGUCAGCCACACCGGACUACCUUACCUUUAGUGAACACCUGCGGACUCCUCUCUUUGGAUCAGGGAGCUCCCUCCUCAACUUCGCAUGCAGCUUUUGACCUCUGUUGAUGUUUUCCUCUCAUGAUUUUCAAAAAACAUCUGCUGAACGUGAACACAGAAGCGGUGGACGAUACUGGAACAAAUACUGUCCAAAAUAAACAGAAAAGGACUGACGACGACAACAAAAAUAUACUUCCUCACACAGAAUGUAGCACGAUGAACGUGGAUCAUUUAGAAAGGAAACAAUAUGGGACAAUUAAAUUGUCAUCUAUACUGGAAUGAAACAUGAACUUUUAACUCUAAACUGGUUCUCCAAACUCACACACACACACACACACACACACACACACACACACACACACACACACGCCACGCCAUGCCACCCUCUCCUUCUGCAGCUCCAUCUUAGCAUGUCAGUAUUAGCGUAUUGCAACUCGAAACCAACAAGUACAACCAAGCAAUACAGAUGCUGAAGCUGGGUCUCCUGCAGGAGGAGGCUCAUAUGCAGGUCACACAAAAACUGUGUUUCCACUCGCCUGUUGCAUUAAAAUCCAAACAUUUCAAUGUGUUUAAUUGUUAUUUUUUUAAUCAAAAUGUUGCCAUUUCUUUUGUGAGAAAAACAUACGUAUACUUUGAACCCCUAAACGUGAGAUUUAGGCCAUAAUGCGGUUAGUUGGCAUUUUGUUCAUCUUCAUAUUAAUUUCACCUCAACGAGCCCUUUUCUCCUCGUAUGUGAAGCUUCUUGUUGUUUUGGUUUUGUAUGACUUUAAUGCAUAUCUCACCCGUUGUUCUCUGUUGUUUAAUUUGUUGCAAAACGCUGUGUUGUUUACUAGAAUGUGAAUGAAAAUGAUGAAAAGUUUGACACACUUGCACACACACAUAACAAAAACUGAAAAGGGCCGACAUCAACAUUUAAUGCCCUAUUCUCUGUUUCCUAGACGACACACUUUGCGGAGCAUGAGGCGAUUGUAGAGUAAGCAUGUUAGUCUAGGUCAGCCUGUACCCUUCUGUAGAAUACUUGAUGGAUCAUUGCAUACACAAUAAGCCGGAUCAUAUCCAUCUGAAGUGUUAUAUAUCGGUGGCUGGCUCCCUAUUCCCUUGACCUGAGCUGUUACGGUCAAGGACUGCACUUCUAUAUCCAAGCUGCAAACAGAUGUGAUCACAGUCCACAUGUGUAGAUUUAGCCGUUCUCCGGCACCAGUCUCAGAAUGGGAUCAAAGAAGUGGGUCCUGAAUCUGCAGCAAGACCCCCACUUUUCUAUAACUAAGGGUGAACGUGUCAAAGAAAAACAUCAUAAGGACAAUAAAGUUUUUGCAACUAAA